CGACUCUCCCCUCUGUCAGCAGUGACAUCAGAGGGGGUGUAUCAGAGAACAGGGUCCUGGCAGAGAGGGUCUGACAGUCGGGCUACACUCCUUCCAUCCCCCUGCAGCAGGGACAUGGAGCAGACAGAGGCAUAGUCUGUGCAGACCUGAGGAGAAUCCGCAUUGGAGAAGUUUGACAAGUGAAGUUGCUGUGAUGUUUAUAUUCCCCUGUUUUGGAAGAAGGAGGAGGACGUAGUUGGCAACACAUGAAUUGUGAUCCGAGAGUUGGGAGGACGUGCCUGGCAGCAUGGCCGCGGCCGGCAGUCUGGAGAAUCCGCAUUGGAGAAGUUUGACAAGUGAAGUUGCUGUGAUGUUUAUAUUCCCCUGUUUUGGAAGAAGGAGGAGGACGUAGUUGGCAACACAUGAAUUGUGAUCCGAGAGUUGGGAGGACGUGCCUGGCAGCAUGGCCGCGGCCGGCAGUCUGGUAUUAAACAUUUCUCCCUUUCUCUCCCGCUCUCGUCUCUCCUUUUUACAGUAAUGCUCUUUGUUUUAAUUGCAGUAUAAUUAAGGAGAGUUCUAUUAUCUUUGGCAUCUUGUAUUCUGUCAUGUUUUGCCAUUAGAAUUAUCAACAUAUGUAAAGUGAUUCCAAAGUGAGGAAAGAGAGACAGCCGUGAUUGAGGAUCUGGCAAUAUAUUGUACUCUUCUUUACCUAUCUUCCUUCACAGGUGUCCCCCUGGUCCCCGCGGCACAUUGGAGCCUUGCCACACACAUGGUAACAGGGCACCUCUAACACCGAAUACAGUGACACGGAGGGACACUGGGGCUCUUUUUUCUAUCAGCAUAGCAGUAUCCCCACUCUCACCCUUCUUCCGCUCUUAUGAUGAGGGAGGGCAGCAGAUGGGGAUAUCUGCAAAGUAUACUGUACUAACCUCAAAUGACUUUUCUCUCACACGCUUCUUUAAUUGAAAGGCCUUACUAAUUUUUAUUGAGGUGCACCGAUGGUCUGUCUGAGACAAAGUAUAUCAUACUAUAUGUGACGGUGAAAAAUAAGCGAGAUAUUUUCUCCCUCACACCACACACUAUGCUUGAUCUUUUUAUUCAAUAUGGGUACAUAAAAUUAUAAAUGAUUAAGUUGAAGGAAUUUACAUAUACCAUUUACGCCUGUGAUAAUACGGGGAUCCAUGUGAUCUGAUACAGCUCUGUUUCCAUACGUAUGAUAUGCCCCGCUGUGGGUAUGAAAUUUAUGUCAAAUUUUAUGCUUUCUAUGAAUGACAGAAAUAUCGGUGUACACUACUGCAGCAGAAAUACACUCAUAUUUAAGCAGCAAUUUAGAAGCGAGUUGGUGGCUGCAAAUACCAUGUCAAAUAUUUUUUAAAUUAUGAUGCAGGAUUCAUAAAAAUAGAUGAUGCAUACUUUGGUGGAGACACAAGCCUUAUUCAUAUGUAUUGAUAGGUUUGGAUUUGGGUCAUUAGUCUAAUUAUGUGAAAACAACACUCUAUAUGGCUUGUGAACAAUUUGUACGAGUCCAAAUAUGUGAAAAUAACACUUGAUGUGGUUUGUGGAUAACUCGUACAUGUGCUUGUUAAAUUCUCACAAAUAUAAACCUAUAAUGUGUUAAGAUACAACCCAUAAAUAAUAGUAAACCUAGUAUACCUGUAUCAACUUGUUAUGAGCCACGGCUGUGGCUCAUUCCUGUUUUGCAUGUCAGUUAUGUAUUUUAUGUUAUAAGUUGUCUUGCAGGUCAGGAUUUCCCGUUGCUCUGUUUUAAAAUACUCUUGGUUGCUGCCGCUGGUGAGUCUGUGUAAUUGCAGCUUGUUCCCAUGUGUUCAGCCUCACCUGGUUGCUAAUUGCAUCUUGUCAGUUUGGAGUCAUGCAACAGGGCAGCUGCAUGAAAUUAUUAAUUAGGCCUCUCUGUUAUAUGCUGGCUGACUGCAAUUCACAGACGCUGGUGAUAUUUCUAGGUUUUCAGUCUGCUUGAGUUCUGAGCUUGGUUCCUGCUAGUUCCUGAGCUCCUGUGUAGCAGUGUCAGUAGAGCUGCUUCCUGUGUCGAUUCCUGUGUCUGAUCCCGUGUCCUGCCGUGAGGUGUUCCUGUCCUGAGGUCCAGUGGCUUUGCCUGUGCCUGGUCAAGUUUCUGGCUUCUUGGUGUCCACCGGUCUGUCGUUUGGGAUUUUGCCUGUCCUCCAGUUCUGAGAGUCUGUGUCAGCAGCAUUGGGUGUUCCUGUCUGUUUGCCAGUAUUCGUACCGGUUCCGUGAGUAGCUGCUCUGCCGCGUCCGUUGGCCUAGGCCGCUGUAUUCCGUUAUUAUUUCUGUCACUGGUGUUUUGCAGAGGGUUCUGCUUAUGCUGUCACCACCGGUACACAAAAGUAUUGUGUCGGCGUGUGGUCAGCAUUUCCUUUGUUGUUCUUUUCCUUUGGCGGCAAGCCGCACAUACAUUUAGUUUUAGAUUAGUUAGUAGCCCCUGGCUUUGGUUGUCUCAGUUAGAGGGCCCCUUGUUAACACCCUGUCUUGGUACACUCUUUGUCUCUCAUUAAGACCUGAGGGGGCAUCGAAGUUGGGCAGACAUAAUCCGCCCUUCAAACGCGGCUGCCAUGGGCUCAAGCAACCAUAAUCUCGCAAGGGUGUAUUGACAGCACGGGCGAGACAAUGGAGAUAGGGCGCCAGGGGCUAUUCCCUUUCCCAGCGUUACGUCCUGGUGCUCUGGACUCACUUCAUAACAUCUCCCUUGUUCUGAGCACCAGGAACCUAACAUUAUCACCAGCCAUACCACAAGAAAGAAAUAAAAUCUUUUUUUCUUUUUUGGCCCAGUCCAGUGUCUAGUCAAGAAUCCAGUCCUGUCUAGAAUUCAGUUUGCAGAAUCCAGUCCGGUGUUUAGAAUCCAGUCCUGUCUAUAAUCCAGUGUGCAGAAUCCAGUCCGGUGUUUAAAAUCCAGUCCUGUCUUGUCUAGUUUAAAAAAUUCAGUCUUGCCUUGUCUAGCCUUGUCUUGCCUUGUCUAGUUUUAAAUCCUCCUAUGUCUACUAUGCAAGCCCUGCAGGCAUCUCUCGUAGCCCUGAACUCUGCUUUCAGUACUUUGAGACCAGAGCGACUAGAAGUUUUGCAGCAAUCCCUAAAGCAACUGCAAAACCUUCUGAAUAAAAUCUUGCUCAUCUUGCCAGAAGUCGUUGAGAGUACAUCUAUCUCUAAAGAGACUCUUGUUCACAGUAUGGCGACAAGAGAGUCCUCUGGUUUAAUUGAAGAGAAAAGGUUUGAAAGUUUUCUGCGGCCCAGGCUCUCAGAAGAGGAGCGUCUGCGUCGCAGAAACUUAAACUUGUGCCUAUAUUGUGGGGGUUUAGGCCACUAUCUGCAGACCUGUGAGUUACGCAAGCCAAAGUGUGGUGACGAGUCUUGCCCUCUGGCCAAGUUGAGUCAGGAUACAAGACCUACUCCUGUCUCUACUAUGGCAGAGGUACUUGUCACACAACCCACACUAAAAAGCUCUCUGUCCUAUAAUUGGGGUCCUUGGGCAAGGGAGCCCCAUUAUAGAUUCAGGAAUCAAAAGAGAAUGUUUCUCUCCUCUCUUGAGGUUCCUGUUGAAGCAGAGUUGCAAGCCCCUGGAGUGGUGCCCGUAGCCCAGGGUCCUGGAGCGGUGCCCGUAGCCCAGGAUCCUGGAGCGGUGCCCGUAGCCCAGGAUCCUGGAGUGGUGCCCGAUGCUCAGGAUCUUGGAGCGGUGCCCGAUGCUCAGGAUCUUGGAGCGGUGCCCGAUGCCCAGAGUGCUAGAGCGGUGCCCGAUGCCCAGAGUGCUGGAGCGGUGCCCGAUGCCCAGAGUGCUGGAGCGGUGCCCGAUGCCCAGGGUCCUGGAGUGGUGCCCGAUGCCCAGGGUCCUGGAGUGGUGCCCAUAGCCCAGGGUCCUGGAGUGGUGCCCAUAGCCCAGGGUCCUGGAGUGGUGCCAGCCCAGGGUCCUGGAGUGGUGCCCGUUGCCCAGGGUCCUGGAGAGGUGCCCGUUGCCCAGGGUCCUGGAGAGGUGCCCGAUGCUCAGGAUCUUUUUGCGGUACCCGAUGCCCAGAGUGCUGGAGCGGUACCCGAUGCCCAAGCUUAUAGAGGGACAUCAAAUAUUGUAGCUCAGGUGUCCAUACCAGAAGGGGUCUCAGAAGCUGUUACCCCAGGAAGGGACUUGAAAAACGCAACCCCAGAAAGGGUAUCUAAAACCAUAGUUCUAGAAGGGAACUCGAGAAGCAAAACCCCAGAAGGGAUAUUUGAAGUAAUAUCCCCAAGUGGGGUCUCGAGAGACGCAGCCUCUAAGAAGGGUCUAGAAGUCGCUUCCCCAGGAAAGGACUCAAGAAGCAUAGCGUUAGUGGAGGAUCCGAAGGUUAUAGCUUCAGCAAAAGUCCCAGAGGUCAUAGUCCCGGGAAAAGUUUCGAUAAUUAUCGAUUCAGUAAGGGAGGCUGGCGGCCCGGUCCCAGUGAGGGAGGCCGACAGCCCGGUCCCAGAAAAAGAAUCCGAGGUGCUGACCCCAGCGGGGUUCCCGGAGGCCACUGCCCCAGCGGGGUUCCCGGAGGCCACUGCCCCAGCGGGGUUCCCGGAGGCCACUGCCCCAGCGGGGUUCCCAGAGGCCACUGCCCCAGCGGGGUUCCCGGAGGCCACUGCCCCAGCGGGGUUCCCGGAGGCCACUGCCCCGGGUGGGGUUCAGAAAGUCACUGCCCCGGGUGGGGUUCAGAAAGUCACUGCCCCGGGUGGGGUUCAGAAAGUCACUGCCCCGGGCACCCGGGUUCAGAAAGUCUCUGCCCCGGGUGGGGUUCAGAAAGUCUCUGCCCCGGGUGGGGUUCAGAUAGUCUCUGCCCCGGGUGGGGUUCAGAAAGUCUCUGCACCGGGUGGGGUUCAGAAAGUCUCUGCCUCGAGUCAGGUCAAUAGUGACCAGGUCCUAGCAAAGUACUCCAGUCAGUCAGAUGGGAAGGAAACAGAUAUGGUUCCAAAGAAAUUGGUUCAGGUUCCUCUAAGUCACCUGUCUUGUCUGUUGAGAGUCCACCAAAUACUGUAAACUCGGCACAAGAGUCCCAGCCCAUUGUUUUGACUGCAGGAUGUGCUUUUCUGACUUCUUCUUCUAAUAAUAAUAGUACUUUGCCAGAAAGUUCAGCUCCCAAGGGUAAGAAACCUGUCUCUGAUUUGAACACAGCCUUGCUGGGUGGUAAAAUCACUUCAGACAAUGUUUGGGGAAUUACCUUGGUCAGAACUAAAGAGCUUUUUAAAAAGAAGAAGAAAAAUAAAUAAUUUUUGACUCUUGCCUUGAUAAAAAAAAAACAAUUUCCUUGUCUUGUGUCCAGUGGCCACCGUCAGGGGGAGGGCACUGUUACAAGCUGUGGUUGCAGCUUGUUUCUGUUUUCGUGUCUGUUAGACCAGUGUGUCAGGUUUGUUUUUUUUUGUAUCCCUUGUUUUGGAUAGUCUGUAUUUUGGGGUCCUUUGACCCCUCCUCAAGGGGGGGGUACUGUUAUGAGCCACGGCUGUGGCUCAUUCCUGUUUUGCAUGUCAGUUAUGUAUUUUAUGUUUAUAAGUUGUCUUGCAGGCCAGGAUUUCCCGUUGCUCUGUUUUAGAAUACUCUUGGUUGCUGCCGCUGGUGAGUCUGUGUAAUUGCAGCUUGUUCCCAUGUGUUCAGCCUCACCUGGUUGCUAAUUGCAUCUUGUCAGUUUGGAGUCAUGCAACAGGGCAGCUGCAUGAAAUUAUUAAUUAGGCCUCUCUGUUAUAUGCUGGCUGACUGCAAUUCACAGACGCUGGUGAUAUUUCUAGGUUUUCAGUCUGCUUGAGUUCUGAGCUUGGUUCCUGCUAGUUCCUGAGCUCCUGUGUAGCAGUGUCAGUAGAGCUGCUUCCUGUGUCGAUUCCUGUGUCAGUCCCUGUGUCGAUUUCUGUGUCUGAUCCCGUGUCCUGCCGUGAGGUGUUCCUGUCCUGAGGUCCAGUGGCUUUGCCUGUGCCUGGUCAAGUUUCUGGCUUCUUGGUGUCCACUGGUCUGUCGUUUGGGAUUCUGCCUGUCCUCCAGUUCUGAGAGUCUGUGUCAGCAGCAUUGGGUGUUCCUGUCUGUUUGCCAGUAUUCGUACCGGUUCCGUGAGUAGCGGCUCUGCCGCGUCCGUUGGCCUAGGCCGCUGUAUUCCGUUAUUAUUUCUGUCACUGGUGUUUUGCAGAGGGUUCUGCUUAUGCUGUCACCGCCGGUACACAAAAGUAUUGUGUCGGCGUGUGGUCAGCAUUUCCUUUGUUGUUCUUUUCCUUUGGCGGCAAGUCGCACAUACAUUUAGUUUUAGGCUAGUUAGUAGCCCCUGGCUUUGGUUGUCUCAGUUAGAGGGCCCCUUGUUAUCACCCUGUCUCGGUACACUCUUUGUCUCUCAUUAAGACCUGAGGGGGCAUCGAAGUUGGGCAGACAUAAUCCGCCCUUCAAACGCGGCUGCCAUGGGCUCAAGCAACCAUAGUCUCGCAAGGGUGUAUUGACAGCACGGGCGAGACAACGGAGAUAGGGCGCCAGGGGCUAUUCCCUUUCCCAGCGUUACGUCCUGGUGCUCUGGACUCACUUCAUAACAUCUCCCUUGUUCUGAGCACCAGGAACCUAACACAACUCCUUGUGAGUAAUGAUGCCAUGUAUUGCUGCUGAAGAGAUUUCAUUACAAAUGUAUCGCUACUACAUACUGCUGUGGAGGAUAUACUAUGACAAAUGUAACAGCUUUUGUAGAAGUGUCUCAAGGAUAAGAUCAGCCGCCUGACACUCCAAACAAUAUUGUAGAACACAUAUUGAUAUACAGUCUAUCUGGAGGACCUAUUUACAUAAGACUGGGCGAAGUCGGCUAAUUCCUAUGAAUACACUAACUACAAAUAGUGAGCAUUAAAAUUUGCAUAUAUGCACAGGGCUAACUCUUGACUAUUUCAGCUAUUACUGUUUUUUAUUACUUUAUUGGUAUUAAGCCAUUAGCUCUUUUGUUUCUUCCUCUGGGAGGACAUUUUGAUCUACUGUAUGUGCACUGCUAGGAUCUGAAUUGUUCCUAUUUUUGGAACUAAUCUGAUUUUAAACCACCAUAGGGGAUAUAUGCCCUCAUUCCGAGUUGAUCGCUUGUUGACGUUUUUCGCAGCAUAGCAAUCAGGCUAAAAAUCGGCUGUUCUUCGCAUGCGUAUGGGCUGCAGGGCGCACGCGCCAAGUAAUUUCACACAAAACAAAGCAAUUUUUCACAGGAAGGAGCUACGCAUUUCAGUCGCUAUUCUGAUCGGUGAGUGAUUGACAGGAAGUGGGUGUUUCUGGGUGGUAACUGAGCAUUUUCCGGGAGUGUGCUAAAAAAAAAAAAGCAGGCAUGUCAGGCUAAAACGCAGGAGUGGCUGGGGAAACAGGGGAGUGGCUGGCCAAACUCAGGGCAUGUUUGUGACGUCAAAGCAGGAACUAAACGGACUGAGGUGAUCACAAUCUAGGAGUAGGUCUGGAGCUACUCAGAAAUUGCAGGAAAAGAUUUUCGAGCAAUUCUGCUAAACUUUUGUUCGCACUUCUGUUAAGCUAAGAUACACUCCCAGAGGGUGGCGGCCUAGCAUUUGCACUGCUGCUAAAAGCAGCUAGCGAGUGAUCAACUCGGAAUUAGGGCCACAGUAACAUGCAUUGAACACUUGCUUUAUUCUACUGUUAAACAUGCUUUAAUGUAUCUGUCUCUUGUAAAAAUUAACCCUUUCCCCCACUUAUAUUAUAUUG